AUGAGACUGGCAGCUGUCAGGAUGAACUACACUCUGUUCCGGGCCCCAGCCCUGGUAGAGAGCAGUGCCGAGUUGGAGGAGCUGGGCACGGCCUACUGGGUGCUGAGUGCGAUGGUCCUGUUCACCUGUCUGGGUGGCUUUGUAGGCAAUGGCCUGGUGGUCUGGUUGCUGGGCUCCCAGGGGCAGAGGAGCCCCUUCAGUGUCUACAUCCUCCACCUGGGCGUGGCAGACCUCCUCUUCCUCCUCUGCAUGGCCUUCAAGGUCAUCCUGAUUUGCUUCCGGCUGGUCAACAGAGUCCACACGGCCCUGGACAUAGUGAGCAGGAUGAAGUGCUUCACCUACACGGCCAGCCUGAGCGUGCUGACCGCCAGCAGCAUGCAGCGCUGCCUCUCCGUCCUCUUCCCGGUGUGGUACAAGUCUCACCAGCCCAAGCACCUGUCAGCCGUGCUGUGCGCCCUGCUCCGGGCGCUGUCCCUCCUGCUGAACACGGUGGCCACGUUCCUCUGCAGUGAUUUCUUGGCCCAGGACGAGCUGCUGUGCUUCAGGAUAGACUUGGUCAUCAGCAUCCUCCUCAUGGGGGUCUUCACACCCCUGAUGGUCGGGUCCAGCCUCAUCCUCUGUGUGGGGGUGCAGAGGAGCUCCACAGCGACACACCGGCGGCCCACGCGGGUGUACGUGACCGUCCUGGUCUGCGUCUUGGUGUUCCUUGCCUUCGCCCUACCCCUCGGCAUCCGUUGGUUCCUCAUCUCCUGGUUGGACCUGCCCUGGAAGACGAAGACUCUCUUCAGCCUACUUGCCCGCCUCUUCUCGGCCGUGAGCAGCAGCGCUAACCCGGUCAUCUACUUCCUGGUGGGCAGGCGGAAGAGCCGGGGUCUGCGGGAGCCCCUGGGGGCCGUGCUGCGCAGGGCGCUGAGGGAGGAGCUGGAGCUGCAGCCCAUCAACUGA